AUGUCGUGGGCCGCUCUCGCGAGCAGAAGUGCCCUGGCUGUUGGGUUUGCUGCCGGCUCCCUCCAAUUAUUGAGUGACGACUCCUACGACAACAAACACAUCAAGGUCAAAAAGGCCAAAAUCAAAACUUUUCGCCUGGCCGAGGUCAAGCAGCACGACGGAUCAUCCAAGAACCCCUGGGUCAUCAGGGGAACUUCAGUGUACGACAUUACAGACUGGGUCCAGGCCCAUCCUGGGGGUGAAGUGAUUUUGACCGCCGCGGGAGGCAGCUUGGAACCGUACUGGGACAUCUUUACGAUUCACAAGCGGCAAGAUGUCUACGAUAUUCUGGAACAAUAUAAGAUUGGCGAGAUCGACGGUGCGGAUUUGAAGGAUGGCCGGGUCCCCCAAGACGCCAUCGUUGACCCAUUCCAAAACGACCCGGAACGUGAUGUGCGUCUCAGGACACUGACGCCUCGUCCACGAAAUGCAGAGACACCAGAGGCAGGGCUCAGAGAGUUCAUCACUCCGAACGAGUUGUUCUAUGUCCGAAAUCAUUUUUGGGUGCCCGCUGUCGACGGAGCAGAACACAAGCUUACCAUCGAGCUGACGGAUGGGAGCGAGAGGACAUACACCGUCAAGGAACUCAAGGAGAGGUUUCAGAAACACAAGGUCACGACUACGCUGCAGUGUGCGGGGAAUCGCCGCAAGUCCAUGACAGACGGUGCAGCGCCGACAAACGGUCUACAGUGGAAAGCAGGUGCCAUCUCGACUGCCGAGUGGGAGGGAGUCAAACUUGUCGACGUCCUCGCCGAUGCUGGUCUAGAUAUCAAGAAGUUGCCUGCCGAUGCUCAGCAUGUCCACUUCUCAGCCAUGGAGGCCUACGGGGCGUCCAUUCCUAUCCGCAAGGCCAUCGAUCCUUGGGGGGAUGUCCUGUUGGCCUUUGAAAUGAACGGCGCCGAGUUGCCGCGGGAUCACGGCUACCCUGUGCGGGUCAUCGUUCCAGGCACAGUCGCAGCACGCAGCGUCAAGUGGCUAUCCCAGAUAACGAUUUCCGAGGACGAGUCUCCCACCCAGUGGCAGCAGCGCGACUACAAGAGCUUCUGCCCCAGCGAGGUCAAGAAUCCCAACUGGCAAAAGGCUCGAUCGAUCCAAGAGAUGCCCGUCACGUCAGCAAUUACACACGUCGAACCAACCACGGGCAGCAAUGGCGAUGUUCAAUCCAUCAGCGCAGAAGGCUAUGCGUACUCGGGUGGAGGGCGCGAGAUUAUCCGUGUGGAUGUCAGUGCCGACGGGGGAAAGACAUGGCACGAGGCUGAACUGUUGGAUGAUGAGGCUCAAAUGAGUGGCAGUCGGGCAUGGUGCUGGAAGCGUUGGAAGUACGAGGGGCAGUUGCCAGAGGAUGGCAAGCCUGUUUCCGAGGCCGUUCUGGUGGUCAAGGCCACGGAUGAGGCCUACAAUACCCAGCCACAGACAUAUGAGAGCAUCUUCAAUGCGAGAGGCAAUCUGGCGACGGCAUGGGAUAGUGCAAAGGUGCCAUGCUCCGGAUGA